AUGGGAGAUGGGAAAGCGGUUCCUGCACCGGUGCGAGGCGUGAUCUGUGAUUUGGAUGUUGGAGAGGCGAACCCCGUCGCUCAACGUCCUCGAUCUGUGGCACCACGCUUAUCGAUCAAACUGAAGAAACGUUUGGAGACCCGACUCAUCGAGCAUUCAGAAUCACCAUGGGCAUCGCCCAUCGUGAUUGUCCUCAAGAAAAAUGGUGUGAAUAUCCGAAUGAGUGUCGACUACCGAAUUGUCAAGUUGUCCAAUUAUCAUCUACCGUUGAUAGAUGAUCUACUGGUUGGUUUGGGGAUGUUUCAUGAGUUUGGACAUGGCGAAUGGGUUUUGGGUGGUCAAGAUGUCCAAAAGGACAAAGCUGAUAUCGGCUGGGCUCGCAUGCCAUUCCGGUUCAAGAAUGCACCACUGAUAUACCAGUCAGAUGACAAUAAUUUCCUGUGGGGAUUUGUUUGGAUCCCACGGAUAAUCAAGAAUCUGAAAGGGGCGGUCCAAAAAACGAAGUGCGGGACUCACAGAUUCCAAAGGAACGUUCCCAAGCCAUCACAUAUUGGGCCAGUGCUAGGCCGCAGCUCUUACAUUGGCAUUGCUUAUGGUGUGAAAAGAUGGGAUGAGCUUUGUGAGGAUCUGGACACCUUGCCCUAUCGCUUACGUUACUGGAAUAUAUCAGUGAGUUUACCAAAGAGCGAGUUUGGAAAACGGUGGAUCCUCUAUCUGUCACACGAAAUUAGUGCAGAAGGUAUCCGAGCGAUCCCAAAAGUUGUAAAGGGUGUUAUGGAUCUACCGUUCCCUAAAUCUCACAAAGGUGUGCUAUCGUUUCUCGGAAAUCUGAACUACUACCAUAAGUUCAUCGAAGAUUAUCCGGUAUUGGCAGCAGUCCUUUACCGAAGUUCCUUUGUCUUAGUCCUCCUCAUUACAACGAAUACAAAAACAGAGCACAGCUUUGCAUACCACGGGUAG